AUGUCCACAACCAAAUACGAAGAAAAAAUUGAAGAACUUCUAACUGAUCCGAAUUACACCAUCAUUCCCAACGACCCUACGAAAUCAGUAGAACACGAAAUUCACACCCUUGCGAAGAAUUUAUUCAAAUUAAAAAGAAUCGACAAAAAUCAAUACCAACACAUUUCUCCUUCUAACUCAAAGAUCCCAAAAUUCUAUGGAUUACCUAAAAUCCAUAAAGACGGUCUACCCUUUCGUCCCAUUGUUGAUUUCCGAAAUUCGCCCUCUUACAAUCUGGCUCAUUUUCUAAACAGGAUCCUAAAAUGUGUCACAUCAAAAUUCCCCACGACGCUAAAAAACUCCUACGAGUUUGCAGAUAAAAUCAAGAAUUUUAUUGUCCCACCCAACCAUGAAUUGGUCUCAUUUGAUGUCACUUCAUUAUUCACACGCGUUCCAAUUCAACAAACCCUUGACUACAUCAAAAAGCGACUGGACUCCUGCAAUGAUUGGAAAGCAGUUACAAAACUGACAUCGGAAGAAGUAAUGAAAUUGAUCAAAGUAACAGUCAACUCCAACUACUUUACUCGUAAUGGGAAAAUCUACAAACAAAACGAUGGAACACCUAUGGGAAGCCCGAUUUCACCUAUCUUUGCAGAAUUCUGUCUACAAGAAUUAGAAGAGCAAUUAAUAUUGAACAAUCCGGACAUCCCUUUUUACCAAAGGUUUGUGGAUGACUCCAACGGCUGUAUCCAGGUGGGCAAGAAGGAGAGUAUCCUCCAAUCUCUCAACAGUUUUCAUCCCAGUAUACAAUUUACAUGCGAAACUGAAGAAAAUUGCAAACUACCGUUUUCGGAUGUUUUAAUAUCCCGAGAUGAAGAUGGAGCCAUUCACAGACAAGUUUAUCCCAAGCCGACCCACACUGGGAGAUACCUCAACUAUAAUUCAUAUCACCAUCCAUCCCAAAAGUUGGCCGUAAUUGAUGCCCUAAGUUAUCGAGCUUUCAAAAUAUGCGAUGAUGAAUAUUUAGAAAAUGAACUAAAAUUAAUAACAAGCUCUUUAAUGACACACGGAUAUCCGAAAAGUUUAAUCAAAGUGAGACAAGCCGUUCGCUUAAUCAACGCGUAA